AUGGAGGCCGACCCGAAAGCCGGCGAAGCGGCGCCGACCGUGCAGGACUUCCCUCUGUAUCUCGACCUCGGUAGUGGACUCACUGCCAAGCUCGAGGAACACGACUACGCCGUCCUCGUAGACCAUAGGCUAGAGUUCAACGCCCGUUGCUUGGGAUUCGGCAUCAACAUCGCACCGCUUCCAGGAGCACAUUGCAGCAUCGUUGUCAUCCUGUACCCCGGCGACCUGUUGAAGGGUGGGCGGGAGAAGAUCAGGACCUCGAUCCGGCACUUUGACCCGCAGACCGUGAAGCAGUGGCACCGCGACGAGGCGAUCCGCGUGCUGAAGUUUUUCCGGGCGGCGGUCCUGGCCGAGCUUGGGUGCGAUGGUAGGAAGUGGGAGUGGGCGAAGCCUUCCGAUGAAGAGGUGGAGGACAGGCUCGCCGACUGCGAUCAACCCGUUCGAGCUAAAGUGCCCGACGCCGUCCGGGACGGGGACGCGGGCUCCGGCCUGCUAGCAAUGAGCGCGUUGUGCUGGGUGGUGAGGAGGAUGGAUCUCCUGACCGGCGCCAUCCGUCGCAGUGAGACCAGCAUGGACAAGGUCAACGUUUCGGGGUUGAAGGGGCUGCGGAAUGGGAUGAUAACAUUCGUCAAGGAGCACGUCGCUCUCAAACGGUCGGGCCAUGUCGGAGUUGCUGCCGACACCUGUGACGACGACGGCGAGGAGGCCCCUUUGGCAUCCACAGCAAUAGGUGUCGCCUACACCGUCGAUGAUGCGCGUGGGACUUCGAUCGGAGAGCCCGGAGGCGGCGUCGACAAGGAAGAUGAGGAGGCGGGAAGGGCGGUGACUGGGACCGCGGAGAAGAACCAGGAGGAUAACGAGGAUCAGGAAGAGGACCAUGAGGAUCGUGAGGAGGAGGAGGAGGAGGAGGAGGAGGAGGAGGAGGACGAGGAGGAGGAGGAGGAGGAGGAGGAGGAGGAGGAGGAGGAGGAGGAGGAGGAGGAGGAGGAGGACGAGGAGGAUGAGGAGGACGAGGAGGAGGAGGAGGAGGAGGAGGAGGAGGAGGAGGAGGAGGAGGAGGAGGAGGAGGAGGAGGAGGAGGAGGAGGAGGAGGCGGAGGAGGCGGAGAAGCAGCAAGAGGGGGAGCAGGAGGAAGAGGUCGAGUGGGAGUUGGAGGAAAUGGAGGUGGAGUACGUAGAGGGAGCGGCGGAAACGGCUGGGAUGUCGGCAGAUGUUGUGAACAAGGGAGGGGAGGAUGCCGACGAGGAGAAAGUCGGCGUGGAGGAGGCUCACGGGGGGGGUGAGAAGGUCGUGGUCGGCGAUGUGGAUGGCGACGCGAAGGAAGUUAUCGACCUCGAGGUCGUUGGAGAAGGGGAUAACGCCGCGGCCACGAAGCCGACGGGCGUGGAAGCGCCUACCGAGACCACCGCAGGGAAGGCCGGGGGGGAGCGGUCUAGGGUGAAGAAGGCGGCGCGCGGUCAUCCCGUUUCCUCCGCAUCUGGUCGGCAGGCACCGCUGGACGUCGUCGAGCAGCUGCGACAGGAGAACAGGCGAUUGACGGCAGAAAAAGCCCGUAUGGAGAAGGCGCUCGAAGAUGAAAGGGGUCGGGUGGACAGGUUUGUGUUGGGGAUGCGGGGACUCCUCGACAAGCUCCAGUCGUUGGCCGACCAGGUCGCCGUCUCCGACCAUAAUGCGGCAAAACGGCUGCUAGAUGCGACGUCAGCCGUGUCGACAACCAUCACGGACAACAUCACCAACCACAUGGACGAAUCGUGGAAGGCGAUGAAGUCCUUCGCCGAAAAGGCGUCGACGUGGUUGGCGGAAAUCGACGGUCCGGAGGGAAGUAUGGCAGUUGAACGCGCAAAAGCGGUCACCGCCUUGGGCAACCACGUGGAAGCGGUGGUGGCGAUGGAGAGUCGAAACGGAAGGGGAAGGCCGACACAGUUCGAUGACAUUCUCGGCCAGUAUCGAGCGUACAAGAGCUCAGGCGAUGCGCACCACGACGCGCUCUUGCCGGCGAUCUGGUUCCCCGUCGAUGCCGUCACAAAGGAAGGUCAGGAGAAGUCGGAUGCUAUGAUGUCGGCCAUGAUAGGUCGCGUGUCCAUGUGCGCUGCGUAUGGGCAGGUCGCUGCGAGCGCGGCGAGGAAGGAGGGAGACACUGAUGAGAAGACGGCGAUUGCGGCACAGGCGUUAUCGGCCUCCGCUUGCGCCGUGUGGUGCUUAGUCGAGAACGACGACGCCCAGGUGGUCGAUGCUGUGGGCGAAGGGAAGGUGGCGGCGAUGGUGGUCGGUGCGAGCGAGAAGACCGCCGGUGUCUUCAAGGAGGUCAUGCAGGCGGUGCUGGAGGCCGAGAUCGACCGGGAGCAACCCCUGGGGGAGGUUGCGCACAACGUCGCGCCGGCGCUGCAGAGUCUCGCUCUGCACCGGGUCUACCCGGGGGUGGAUCAUGAAGUCGAAGCCGACAUGAUUGCUAGAGCGACAGUGGAGACAUUGGCGUUCUGGGGAAUGUGCCCCGUCGCCGGGCCGAAACUCGAAAAGAUCGGCAUCGCGGUGCCGUGUGACGCGCAGAUGGAGUACGACAUUGAACACAGGGGGAGGAAGGGGCAGAGAGGCAAGCAGGGCAAGGACAGCAUGGGGAAGAAGGGGAAGAAGGGCAAGAAGGGCAAGGACAGCACGGCGGCGUAG